AACGCGCACCCCUUUCUUGUUUACACAAAAAUAAAACACCACUUAUUGUUCUAAAAAGUUGAAGGAACCCUAGCAGCUUGCAGCGUCGUCAACUAUUCUUCUUCGCCGCCGCCGCCAAUUUCCAUCACGGAAGUUUCUCAGUAUUUCUCAUCUUGUUACAAAGAAGUGUGAUAACUUGGUCAUAAAUUGUCAGUUGUACUCUUAGCAAUGGCGUACGCAGCUGCGAAACCCACAAAGGUUGGUUUGGAGGACUCUCAGGAGCAGAUCCACAAGAUUAGGAUCACUCUCUCCUCUAAACAUGUCCAAAAUCUUGAGAAGGUUUGUGCUGAUUUGGUUCGUGGUGCAAAGGACAAGCAUCUCAGGGUCAAGGGACCGGUCAGGAUGCCUACUAAAGUUCUUCACAUCACUACAAGGAAGUCCCCUUGUGGGGAAGGUACCAACACUUGGGAUAGAUUUGAACUCCGUGUGCACAAGAGAGUCAUUGAUCUUUACAGUUCCCCAGAUGUGGUUAAGCAGAUUACUUCUAUCACCAUUGAACCUGGUGUUGAAGUUGAGGUGACCAUUGCCGACGCUUGAUCUUGAACCAAGUUUUAACUUGUUCUGUUUCCUGGUUCUUUUGUCCUCCUAUAUUUUUGACAGUUUUGGUUGAGACAAAGUUGGGUUUGUUUUCUUUAGUUUUACUGUUGUGAACUUUGAUAAAGCGUGAAGAGUUGUUAUGUUUUAGAUUCCUUUCAAAUUGAAUCACUUUCUAUUUAUAGUAUAUUUUCUUUUCAA